AUGAGCUGUAAGGCGGCGGAGCACACGAUGCUGGGCUAUCUAGACCAGACGCACAACGCAAUUGUGUUCUGGGGUAUGAUGCACGGCCACCCGGACUCGUUCGUGUUCGGCUCGGUGCGAGACGGCGUGUUCGAGGGCGCGCUGGUGGUGCCGCCCGUCACCUAUUACGUGGAGCCGGCGCAGGUGUUCGGCGGCGCCCGGCCGGCGGCCGCACACUCGGUCAUAUACUCCAGCCAGGACGUGAGGUUCCCCAACGAGGCCGGCCGCCGCCGCCGGUUCCUGACGAGCCGCUUCAGCCCGGCUCCGAACGCCAACCCGAACAAGGACCAGGCGGGCGUGUGCACCAUGGCCAUCGAGACCGACCCCAUGCUCUGGAAAUACGUCAUUGACAAGUUCGAUGGGGACGCCCGUCGGAGCCGCGACUACCUCAUCAGCCUGAUCGGCUCGCACAUGGUGUACAUCAACCAUCUGUACGCCGCCCUGCAGUUCAACGGCGUGUACCAGCACGAGGGCCUGCAGUUCCAGCUGCAGAAGCUGCUGAUUACCGACGAGAAGACGUGCGCCGCGGGCUAUAAGGGUGAGCCGAGCCGAUUUUGCCCCGACAACGUCGACUUCAAGGACUACCUGAACCUGCAGUCAAUGGGCGACCACCGCGAGUUCUGUCUGGCCUUCGCCUUCACUUACCGCGACUUCACCGAGAGCGUCAUGGGCUUUGCUUGGAAAGGCAGCCAGGACAUCAAGGACAAGUUCUCGGGCGUGUGCGGUAAGUCGGGCGUCAAGAUGAUGAUGAAGGACGGCACAAUGCAGAAGGUGCGCCUCAGCAAAAACUGCGGAAUCGUCUCCAUCCUCAACUACAACGAGCGCGUGCCGCCCAUCGUGUCGCACCUGACGUUUGCGCACGAGAUCGGCCACACGCUCGGCUCCUCGCACGACCUGCCGGAGAACAACAAGCCCGAGUGCGUGCCGGGCGGCUUCAACGGCAACUUCAUCAUGUACCCGUACUCGGUGUCGGGCUACGACCCCAACAACUCGCGCUUCUCGCCGUGCAGCCACCGGCUCAUCUCGCGCGUGCUGGACAUCAUCGCGGAGGGCAAGCGGCGGCAGUGCUUCAUCUCCACCGUGCCCAGCUACUGCGGGAACCGGGUGCGCGAGCCCGGCGAGGAGUGCGACUGCGGCUUCUCGGCCGACAUCUGCUCGGACCGCUGCUGCUACCCCCGGCUGCUCACCGACGCCGACCGUGAUGCGAACCGCUCGGCGGCCGGCUGCGCGCGCCGCGCCGACACCCAGUGCAGCGCCAGACUGGUGCCGGCCUCCGUGGCGCGCACGUGUCGGCAGGAGACCGACUGUCAGCUGCGCUCCACGUGCAACGGCUCCAGCUCCACCUGCCCACCGCCGGCACACAAACCCAACAUGACCGAGUGCCAGAAGGGCUCCAAGGCAAGCUGUGACGCUACGCGCGGCUACUGUGACGUGUUCGGCCGCUGCCGGCCGUACCGGGACAACGGGCCACUGGCGCGCGUGCGGCGUCUGCUGUUCACCGGCGAGGGCCGGCUCGACAUGCUCACCUGGCUGCAGUACAAGUGGUGGGCGGCGCUGCUGAUUCUGCUGAUCGCGGCCCUGCUGAUGGCGCUGACGGUGCGCUGCCUCGCCGUGCACACGCCGUCGUCGAACCCUCAGCUGCCACCAGCGCACCACCCUCGCGACACCGUCCGCCACCCGAUGCAGGCGCUCGGUCUGCCGCGACCUGAUCAGGUGAAGGGCUGGAUCGAAACUCGGAGGGCGGGCCGUAGCGUCGCUGCCGAGACUCCCUCCGCGCCGCCGGAGCCGCCACCGCCGCCACCGCCCACCGGCGACGCCGACGCCUGGUCCGAGACGUCCUCUUUUGAACACGUCAGGCAGCUCGACUUCCCAGCGACGCCGCCAGGUGGCGACCCGCCGGCGCCGAUGGCGAGCGUGGCGAUCUGAUGCCAGAUGGCUCUGCGGGGCCGGUUAGGCCGACUCAGGCCUCCCGCGCCCUCUGGCGGCCGAGGACCGGUCCUGCUAUGGCCUCCACCCCUCACCGCCUAGCCGGCGCCCUCGUUAACACCCCGAUUGUUAUUAGUGAUAGCUGUUGUUUGGGACCCUGUGGGACGUACGAGAGCGGCCUCGCCAGGCCGCGU